UAAAAAAACAACCAAAUCGGUCAAUUUAAGAAUAACAGAAAAUAAAUGCAUACAAUGUUGACAGGCUAGAGAGAAUCAACUAGGCUUCCAGUUCCUAACACAGAGCUUAGAAUAAUGCAUAAGAUAGAGUUCUUGGAUAUGAGACCUUGCAAACCCAGGAAAGAAAUCAGAACCAGAGAGAUUAGUUAUUAGAUUGGGUGAAAGGGAUUGCAUUGAUGUAUUUAACAACAAAAAUCAAGUCAAAAUCCAGGUUUCCCAAUAUGGGAACAGUUCGGGAAAGAGACACCUUUAACACACUUCCCCUGGGUCACUGCCAUUCCUACGGGCAGGCUUUGAACUCAUGACUGACAGCCAAUGCUCCAGAUGCAAGCAGCAUCUGACCUCCAUUGCAGUACCAUCCCCACCUGCCCCACAAAUAACAAGAGUCUGGAGUUCAUUUCGGUACUGUGGACCUGGUGGAGCACUGUUUUCUCCUAGAGCAGAGCUGUCAAUAUCGGGAUGGGAGAAAAGGCAAGGUGAAAUGUCACAGAGAGGAAAUUAUUGUCACAUAAAGGAAAAUAUUGUUAAGAUCCUGAGCCCAGUAGACACAGCCCAGCCUCGUCAGUGUCACACUUCUACGGCUUGGGAUUUGGGUGCCUGCCUUCCAAUGGACAUCGUUAUUCACAAAAGAGAGAAAGCUGGACACACAUACCAAAAAGGAGAUGAGCUGCUGGUUGGUGUGCCGAAGGAAGCCACAGUUCUUGGGACCAUCCAGAUACUAUGUGCCCUGACGAUUGCAGGCUUGGGGGGCAUUUUGGUGUCAGUUUCCUACUCUCCCUACUUCAACCCAGCAGCCUCCACUACUUUGAUGUCCGGGUACCCAUUUGUUGGAUCCCUGUAUUUUGCCAUUGCUGGAGCUCUCUCAAUUAUCUCUGGGAAAACCUCAGUCAAACCCUUUGCACUGAGCAGUCUGGCCUCCAAUGCUGCAAGCUCUGUUGUUGCUGCAGCUGGCCUCUUCCUCCUCACGCAUGGCCUCAUCAUCCUGGGGACUGCCUCUCCACACUGUAAUUCAGAAAAGAAAUUUCUGCCCUUAUUAUCUUCUCCGGAAUCCCACCAUUGGAUGAGUGAAGACAAGAACUGUCUCCUUGCUGAUGUCGGUGUCAUGAGUGGGCUGGUGGUGAUGCUCGUCUUCACUGUGCUGGAGCUUUUCCUAGCUGUCUACAGUUCUGUCUUUUGGUGGAAGCGAGUCUACUUCAACAAGCCUAUGAGUGCAUAUUUCAUGUCUGAGUCACAAGAUCAUACCCAACUUAUCAAAAGCAGUUUGUUGAGGCCAUGAAUGUGAAAUACAGAAGAAGAAGGAAGAAAUCCAGUGCUCAUGGCAGAGCACAGCUAGACGUUCCUGAAAUCCCAGCCUUGGUAGAUCUCAAUAAACUUCUGA